AUGCUCAAAGAGGCUUCCGGACCCCUGAACUUCACCACCUUCUUGACGCUGUUCGGCGAGCGCCUCACCAGCACUGACCCCGAGGCCACCAUCAUCGGACCUUCGAG